UUGAUAGAUUCAGUAUCUGCAUUCAAUCACAGAGUUUCUGGUCUCAUAUACACACAAUCACGAAGACCAGAGAGUGUAGGUACUAUACACGUAUGUAUGUCUGAUUUUUGAAAGUUUCAAUGGCGAAUUUGAAGUAAAAUUGAAGAAAAUAGACGAUCUUUUGGCUUUCAGAGAAACGAGGAAUUGUUGAUGGUGAUCUGUAGCGAGGGGUCAACUGUUAUUCUUAUAUGCUGUUUUUAGAUCGGGAUGAAGAGGUCUAGAGACGACGAUGUUUCAGGGAGUGCUUCUCAACUUCAGCCGCCUAUCAUCUCUGGAGCCUCCGGGCAACCCCAAGUUAUGGAUGGAGGGGGCACACAUAAGUUGACAACUAGUGAUGCCCUUAUGUAUCUCAAGGAUGUCAAAGACAUGUUUCUUGACAGAAGGGACAGAUAUACGGAGUUUCUUGAUGUAAUGAAAGAUUUUAAGGCACAAAGAAUUGACACCACAGGUGUCAUAGCAAGAGUGAAGGAACUAUUCAAAGGGAACCGAAGGCUAAUACUAGGUUUCAACACCUUCCUCCCGAAAGGAUAUGAAAUCACCCUCUCAGACGAGGAUGAGCCACAUGCUAAGAAGCCUGUGGAGUUUGAAGAAGCCAUUCAAUUUGUAAACAAAAUUAAGAUGAGAUUUCAAGGUGAUGAUCAUGUGUACAAAUCUUUUCUUGAUAUUUUGAAUUUGUACAGAAAGGAAAACAAAUCCAUUAGCGAGGUCCACCAGGAGGUUGCGACUCUUCUUCAUAACCAGCCAGACCUGCUCAAGGAGUUCACUAAUUUUUUACCUGAUUCUUCAGCAGCAGCAUCAAAUCAUUAUGUUCAUUCCAGUAGGAACCAUAACCCUCGCCAUGAAGAUAGUAGCUCUCCCAUUGGCACAAUAAGACCUCUGCAUUCUGAGAAGAAAGGUAUUGCUUGUCAUGCUGAACGUGACGUCAGUGUUGACAUGUCGGAUCCUUGUCAUGAGGAAGGAUCUAUUAGACCUAACAAGGAGCAUAGGAGGCAUGGUGAGAAAGAAAAAGUGAGAAGGGAAGACAGAGAACACCAUUCUCAUAAUAAGGAUUUUGAUCAUCAUGGGAUGAAUCGUUCUACCCACAAACGUAAAUCUGCUAAUGCCCUUGAGGACUCUGUUGCCGAACUAUUUCAUCAAGACAUGCGUGAUGAAGUGCUUUGUCUCCGUGAAAAGGUGAAGGAAAGAUUACGUAACUCAGACGAUUACCAGGCAUUUCUGAAGUGCAUUGUGCAUUAUUGCACAGAGAAUAUUACUCGACCACAACUCCAAUCGCUGGUGAAUAAUUUACUUGGAGCUUAUCCAGAUCUUAUGGAAGAAGUCAAUGGGUUCAUUGAUCGCAGUGAGAGGACUGGUUCUUUUUGGAGUGGGCAUUUACCCGGAUCUUUGAAGGCAGAGGAUGAGGAUAGAGAUCAAAAUCAUGAUACAGAUGAAAUGGACAGGGGUUGUGAGAUCAAAGAUGGGGAGAGAUCUGCUAUUAGCGGUAAAAAUGUAUCUGGAUUUAAGCAAUCUCUACUUCCAAGCAAGGAUGAGUAUCAGGCGAAACCAAUUCAAGAACUUGAUCUUUCUAACUGUGAACGCUGCACUCCAAGUUACCGGCUUCUGCCAAAGAAUUAUCCAAUUCCUUCGGUAAGUCAAAGAACAAAAAUUGGUGAUGAGGUGUUGAAUGAUCACUGGGUGUCUGUUACUUCUGGAAGUGAGGAUUACUCUUUUAAGCACAUGCGUAAAAACCAGUACGAAGAGAGCUUAUUUCGAUGUGAAGAUGACAGGUUUGAACUAGACAUGCUGUUAGAAUCUGUGAAUAUAACAGCCAGACGUGUCGAAGAACUUUUGGAUAAGAUCAAUGAUAACUCAAUCAAGACAGACAGCAUGGUUCGCAUUGAAGAUCAUUUUACAGCUUUAAAUUUGAGGUGCAUUGAACGUCUGUAUGGAGAUAAUGGGCUUGAUGUGAUGGAUGUAUUAAGGAAGAAUGCAUCUUUUGCGCUUCCAGUAAUAUUAAUUCGCUUAAAGCAGAAACAAGAGGAGUGGGCUAGGUGUCGUUUUGAUUUUAACAAGGUUUGGGCAGAAAUUUAUGCUAAAAACUAUCACAAGUCACUCGAUCAUCGCAGCUUCUAUUUCAAACAGCAGGAUUCAAAGAGCUUGAGUGCUAAAGCAUUGUUGGCAGAAAUCAAGGAAAUCAGUGAAGAGAAGGCUAAAGACGGAAACUUAUAUCAGCAUUUUGCUUCUGGGAAAAGGCAAGACUCUAUGCCGCAUCAAGAAUUUAAGUAUUGUGAUUUGGACGUCCAUGAAGACGUAUAUCAGCUCAUGAAGUAUUAUGUUCCACAAAAUUGUACCCCUGAACAAUUUGAUAAGGUCAUGAAGAUCUGGACAACUUUCGUGGAACCUAUGUUUAGUGUUCCUCCCCGCCUUGCAAAAGCCAGCAAUCCCGCCAUGAAAAGUGGCAGUACUGUUAGGCAAAGUAAUGGCAAAGAUGUCCAUAGCACUAUUGGUUUCAAACAGUUGACCACCGCCAAUGAAAACGAUAAAGUUUUAGCUGAACAUUCAGGUUCUUCACGAGCAUGUUUGGUAAAUGAUAAUAAUGGCGUUAAAGAGAAUGGUUCUCACAUCACAAAUCAUUUCCGGCGUAAGAGUGGCACUUCAUGCAUUACCCCUAAGUGUGAAACACUCAAGAUUAAUGUUCAAUCGACUGAUGAAACUUCGCAGAUUGGUGGUGCACAUUCUUCAGGGCUUUGCAUCACUUCCUCAAAACCUGGUAAAGCUGCUUUGGAGAGUGGACUCGUGUCAAGACCUAACGCUGGCGGUUCUACACAACCAGGAUCAUCUUUGAAUGAGGCAAUAGUAGGGAGUGGCAGAAGCAAGAGACGCCAUAGUGACACUGGUGGUGAACUUAAGAUAGAAAGAGAGGAGGGUGAAUUAUCUCCAAAUGGUGAUUUUGAAGAGGAUAAUUUUGCCGCAUUCAGGGACACAGGGACUAUCUUGAGCAAAGAAAAUUACCAAAACAGAUAUCAUGAAGGUGGUUUAGAAAACGAAGCAGACGACGAAGGUGAGGAAAGUGCACAUAGGUCAUCGUGCGACAGCGAGAAUGCUUUCGAGAAUGGUGAUGGUUCAGGCAGUGAAACUGCUGAAGUAGAGGAUCACUCCCCUGAAGAGCAUGAUGGGGUUCAUGAUAACAAGGCCGAGAGUGAAGGUGAAGCUGAAGAAGGAGAAGAAACUGUUCUACCGUUUUCAGAACGUUUUCUAGAAACAGUAAAGCCGCUUACAAAGUAUGUUCCAGGAGUAUCACAUAAUCAAAAGGAUGAUCCUCGGGUUUUCUAUGGAAAUGAUGCCUUCUAUGUUUUUUUCAGACUUCAUCAAACACUAUACUCAAGACUGGAGGAAGCAAAGGAAAAGUCAGCUAAUGAUAAAUGGAGGGGUGGUUCAAAUGACACGACACCUAAUGAUUCAUAUGCUAGAUUCUUGGAUCUACUCUACACUUUUCUUGGCGGUGCUGUUGAUAGUGCAAAAUAUGAAGACGAAUGUCGAACUGUUCUUGGCACUUGGUCGUUCUCUGUCUUCACAUUAGACAAGCUGAUAUACAAGCUUUCUAAACAGCUGCUAGCAAUCGCUAUGGAUGAAGUUGAUAACAAGCUUCUCCACCUUUAUGCAUAUGAACAUAUGAGAAAACCUGGGAGAUUCGUAGAUGAACUUUAUAAUGCAAAUGCCAGAGUGAUUGUUAACGAUGAUAACAUUUAUAGAUUUGAGCAUUCGCUUAUACCAGAAACAGAUAGACAAACCCGAUUAACCAUUCGGCUAAUGGACCUCGGAUGUGAGACAUCAGAAGCACCAGCCUUUUCAAUAGACCCGAGUUUUGCAGCCUAUCCAAGCAUUCAAAACCUUCCAGUUGCUCAUGGAAAAAAGAAGCCUGGGAUCUUCUUAAAAAGAAAUAAAAGAAAAUAUGCUUGUGAAGAUGAAGACUUAGCAAUGAUGCAGGCCAUGGAGGGACUUCGAAUUUCAAACAGGAUGGAGUGCAAGAUAAAUUGCAUUACAUUUAAGAUAUCGUAUGUUUUAGAUACAGAAGACUCUAUGGUGCGUAUGGGCCGAAGACAUACCAGCAGUCGAUGUAUACCACCGAAUGAACUUGCCAAUUCAAAUGGCUAUUCGCUCCAAGUACAAAAGUUCCGUAAGAUGCUGCAGUCUAGGAUUCAAUGCUUGGCGACGUGACAAGAAAAAUGGAUGAGGUAUUGGUAGUGGUUGCAAGAUUUGACGGUAAACGUAAAAGGUUCCUUAGUUUUAGUGUUCAUAUAGAUGAUGAAUAAGAGACGGCUCCAAGAACCGUCGUAUAAUGUCGAUCCGAGCUUCAUCUCUAGUAAUUUUCAGAUUUGUGAGCUUUUUUCCUAAAUCAUGUUGAUAGAACUUGCUAUAAAUAGAAAGCAGAAAAAAAAGAUAGCAGUACGU